CCAAGCCCAUUUUCAAGAGAAAAGAUUAGGGUUUUAGGUUACCUUCCUUUAUAAAGUUUCAUUUUCAAGAGCUGUAACCUGGUGUGAGGCGAAGCUCUGUGAGAGGAACGGCCCCGUCGGAGCAGAGCCAUGGUGCACGUCUCUUUCUAUCGAAACUAUGGGAAGACCUUUAAGAAGCCCCGUCGUCCCUAUGAGAAGGAGCGAUUGGAUGCAGAGUUGAAGUUGGUGGGUGAGUAUGGUUUGCGAUGCAAGAGAGAGCUGUGGAGGGUCCAAUAUGCCUUGAGCCGCAUUCGUAAUGCUGCUAGAAUGCUUUUGACUCUUGAUGAGAAGAACCCACGCCGGAUCUUUGAAGGUGAGGCUCUUCUUCGCAGGAUGAACCGCUAUGGUCUAUUGGAUGAGAGUCAGAACAAGCUUGAUUAUGUGCUGGCCUUAACUGUGGAGAACUUCCUUGAGCGCCGCUUGCAGACACUCGUAUUCAAGUCUGGAAUGGCAAAAUCCAUCCACCAUGCUCGAGUGCUUAUCAGACAGAGGCAUAUCAGGGUUGGAAGGCAGGUGGUGAACAUCCCAUCUUUCAUGGUUAGGGUUGAUUCACAGAAUCACAUUGAUUUCUCCUUGACAAGUCCAUUUGGUGGUGGGCGUCCUGGAAGAGUGAAGAGAAAGAACCAAAGAGCAGCCAGCAAGAAGGCUUCUGGUGGAGAUGGAGACGAGGAGGAUGAGGAGUGAGUCAGGAGUUUAGGACCAUCCGAUAAGAACUUGUUUUACCGUCUAAGCUAGUUUUAUUGUUACGUUUAUGGCCCUCUUUUUUUUUUUAUUUGAAAAAAACAAAAAAAGAAUGUUACCGCAUUAAUGUUUUGAUUUCUGAACAUUGAUCUUUGAUAUUGGGUUUGCUCUUUUGAUGCAUCACAUUAUAUGUAUCCAUGACCUGUUCUGAGGAUUACUUUUUCCACCCAAUGACAACACAGCUGGCUGCUUAUU